CUCACCCCAAAAUCCAAAGGGGCUGCUAGUCAGAGGUUUAGGGAUUUACUUGCCCCGCCACAUUCUUUCUUUCUCUCCUCUCUCUCUCUCUCUACUUGCCCCUUCCUGUUCACUCAAUUCAUCAAUUUCUUCACCUGGGUCCGUCCACUUACGACCAUAUGGUACUCUAUUUCUCUCUCUACUCUCUACUCCUCAUUGCCUCUCUUUAUCCAUGUGUAUACAUGUAUGGCCAGUGGCAACCUUGUUAAUUACUGGUUCAUCUCUCAUUUCUCCUCUCUGGGUUCUAAAUUCUCAACUGGGUCUUUUUUCCUGCUGACCAAAAUUUUUUUUGGAUCUUUUUCACUCCACCCUAUUCAAAUAAGAUCAGAUGAUUAAAAAGAGGCCUAAUUCUCACAACCUCUACUUCUUUAUCCGAAGAACAUUCAAUACCUGUCCUUUACCUAUUGAGCCCCCAAUCCCUUCAGUUUCAACUCCUCCAACUGACCAUAAAAGCCUCUGCUUUUCUUUACUUGACAGGCUAAUUCAUCGCAACCAAUUCUCCUCUGCGCAGCGAGUCAUUCAUAGGAUAAUAUCCCAGUGCUCGUCUGUCGCGGAUGCAAUCUCAGCCGUUGAUUUCGCCACGUUAAGAGGGAUGGAGCUUGAUUCUUGUACUUAUGGAGCUGUUAUAAAGAAAUUAGUGGAUUCGGGUGAGACCCAGUUGGCCAAGAUAGUGUACAAUGAUGGGUUUGUAAUCAAAGGUAAUGAUUCUGACCCUUUGGUGUUGAAUUCUAUGGUUGUUUGUUGUUGUAGUUUAGGAGAGUUAGAGGAAGCAAAAACCCAUUUUGAUAAGUUGAUUGGAAUGAACUGGGUGCCUAGUAGAAGUACGUGCAAUGCGCUCAUUUGGGAGCUCUGCGCGAAAGAUAGACUUUUGGAGGCGUUCGAUUCCUUUGUUGUGAUCAAUGAUUCUGGAAUUCUGCUGGGUUUUCGGUGUUAUAACGUUUUGGUUGAUGGGUUGUGCAUCUUGGGAUAUUUAGAUGAAGCCCUACAAGUGUUUGACGUAAUGCGCGAUAGAGGGGUACCGUGUCCUGGUCAUUUGUGGAAGUCAUUGGUUCUAAGUUAUUGUAAGAGAGGGCUGGUUGAGGAGGCCGAGUUGCUGAGUACAGAAAUGGAAUCCCAAGGUUUCUUUCUGGAUAAGAUUAUUUACACUACUCUUAUUAAUGGGUAUUGCAAGAAGAAGAAACUGAAAAUGGCUAUGAGGCUAUUUAUGAAAAUGAUGAAGAAGGGUUGUGAGCCAGAUAGUUAUAUCUACAAUACGUUGAUACACGGUUUUGUCAAUUUUGGUCUACCAGAUAAAGGAUGGGUUUUGCAUAACCAGAUGGUCGAGAGGGGAAUAAAACCUGAUACAGUGACUUACCACUUAAUGAUCAGGAAGUACUGUAAGGAUAAGAAAUCUGAUUGUGCUCUGAUGCUUUUAGAUAGCAUGUAUCGGAAUGGUAUAGCUCCGACUGUGCACAUUUACACAGCCUUAAUUACUGCAAUGUAUAAUGAGAACAAGCUAAUGGGAGUUGAUGAAUUGUACAACAAGAUGCUGGAUAGUGGGAUUGUUCCUGAUCAUGUAAUGUUUUUGACCCUUUUGAAGAUGUACCCAAAGGGGCAUGAGCUUAAUCUUGCCCUCAUGCUAUUGCAUGCAGUUUCAAAAGUUGGUUGUGGUCUUGACCCUUCUUCCUUAGAUUCUGAUACUUGUUUUGAACAAAGAGUGGAGCAUUUGCUGGGAGAAAUUGUGAAAAGCAACUCUGAUUUAGCUGUUGUGGCCUUUAGUAUUUAUAUCCCUGCGUUGUGUGCGGCAGGAAAAAGCGAAACUGCUUUUCUUUGCAUGGACACAAUGUUAAGCUGUGGAUUCCAACCUUUGCUUUCAACUUACAACUCCUUGAUCAAAUGUCUUUUCCAGGAGGGGCUUGUUAAUGAUGUCAAGUACCUGUUUGACCUCAUGCAAGAUCGGGGGAUGAUCCCGAAUUCAGCCACUUACUUGAUAUUGGUCAAUGAACAUUGUAAGCGUGGUGACUUGGCAUCAGCUUUUUCCAUCCUCAACCAAAUGGAUGAGCGGGGACUGAAGCCAAGUGUUGCUAUUUAUGACUCUAUUAUCGGUUAUUUAAGCAGAGAAAAAAGGAUAUAUGAGGCUCAAGAUAUUUUUAAGAGGAUGCUUGAGGCUGGUAUUGAUCCUGAUGAGGUCAUUUAUGUCACAAUGAUUAAUGCCUACUCUAAGAGUGGACGAUCUGUUGAAGCUUGUCAACUAUUUGAUAAGAUGGUAGAAGGUGGAAUUCAGCCGAGUUAUCGUGCUUACACUGCCCUUAUACAUGGGUUAAUCAAGAAAAACAUGACUGAAAAGGGUUGUUUGUACCUUGAUAGAAUGUUGGAAGAUGGUUUUGAGCCAAAUAAUGUUCUAUAUACAUCUCUAAUCAAUCAAUUUUCGAAGAAGAGUGAACUAGAAUUUGCAUUCAGAUUGGUUGGCUUGAUGCAAACUAGCCAAAUUAAGCAUGAUCUGGUCAGUAGUAUCACAUUGGUCAGUGGUGUUUGCAAAAAUAUUGCACGCAUUAAAGGAAAAUGGCAUUUUGGACAUUGGAAGUUUGAAAGGGCGAGGGAAGUGUUGUUCCACCUGCUUGAACAGAGAAGUUUGGUGCCAAGGGAAAGUCAGUUGAGAAUUUCGAUGAAGUCCCUUGAGGAAAUAAAGUUCAUUGCGGUAAAAGUAAUGAGGAAAAUCUUGAGCACUACAUUUAUGCCAAAUUUGUACUUGUAUAAUGGCGCGAUUUCUGUACUUUGUUGGGCAAACAAUAUACAUGAUGCGUAUGGUCAUCUUGAAUGGAUGCUAAGAAAUGGUGUGUAUCCCAAUCAGGUGACUUUCACAAUUCUCAUUGGGACCCAUAUUCGAUUUCGGGAAGCAGAUUCUGCUAUUUGGUUGUUCAAUCAGAUGAAUGCAUAUGGUUGUAUUCCAGAUAGAAUGGUGUUCAACACCUUGAUAAUAGGGCUUUGCCAGGCUGGAAGACUACUUGAUGCAUUGUCAUUGACUCACACUAUGUAUAAAAGAGGGUUUUCUCCUAACAAGGCUUCUUAUCAACACCUACUCAAAUGUCUUUGUGCUAAUCGUCUGAGUGUUCAUGCUUUGAGGAUGUGUGAAGAUAUGCUCGCCCGUGAUUUUAUACCUUCACAGUUCGUACUGGACUUGUUGCUUCGCUUGUUAGUUGAAGAAGAUAAACUGCACAAAGCUCAAGUGGUACGUGAUAUGAUACUUGACAAAAGAAGUAUAUUAGCUGAGAUUGCGGUUGAAAGAAGGGUUUUUUUUGAAGAAUUGGCAGAGAGAUUUCUGAUUGAAUCCUGUCACAAGCAAAGAGAACUGGGAUUGGUUUCAUGAUUGAAGAAAUAUCUGUUCCCUCGGUGAAGACUUUUUAUAUUGUCUCUCCAAUGAUGACCUUAAGUUAUUGUGGAGUUCGAGGCAAAGCAAAGAACCUCACCAGGGCUUGACAUGCCGCAAAGGCGCAAAACCUCUUGAAAGAGAGGGGCGCCUUCGGGAACACACUGUUGUCAGCUCGUGCCAUAAGGUCAUUAUGUUGAAUACUACCAAAGCAAAGAAGCCUUGUGUCUCAAUCAAUUGGGGUCGGCUACAUGAUUCAUUUUUCGGAUUCAAAGAGUUGAAAGUCACUGACAAUCUCCUGAUACUCUCUCUCUCUCUCUCUCUCUCUCUCUCUCUCUCUCUCUCUCUCUCUCUCUCUCAAUUGUCGUUCUUGUUCAUGUUUAUUUCUUUGGUUGAUUUCUCAAGGUUACAAUGCAAGUGACUCUGAUUUAGAUCAUACAAAUGGUGAUUUCGAAUACUUGUUGGUGUCUUUUUGUCCACAUUGACCCCGCCAAAAAGGCCAAUCCUUUCGAGAAGAUCCAGAGGUCCAGCCAUUCUUGAAAAGUCAUCUGAACACCAGAUCCUUGUCACCGACAUCAAGGUAAUUGUUUCAGCGAGUUUGUGGAGGUGAUUCAAUUCAACAGUGAAUACACUAUCUAUUUCCACCAUCACUUAAAGGGGCAUAGAGUGUUUUAGUAUCUUUCAAAGCUGUAGCCUUGAAUCCAUAUCUGAGGACCACUGAUAGACCAUUAAUAAAAAGCCCCUCCUCGAUGUACAAGCCGAACCUCCCAUUUCCAUCUCUCCUAUUGGCUGAUGCAUCAAAAGACUCUUCUACGGUGUGAAAAUUUCCAGACCCAUCAUUAGCUGCCAUCAGGUUUGCCAUGGCCUCUCUAAAGCCGAAUUUGCAUCAUCUUAGCUAUACUUUAUGUGGUUCCUUUGCGGUCGCUUGCAAAGCCAUGUCUCGGAACUUGGCAUUUGUGCAUGCUUGCGGAGCCAUGGUGGUUAAUAGAGCUGGCGAGAGGAACCAAAAAGGAGAUGAACAGUACAGAAAAGUCGAAGAAAGAUGGCUGAUGACGUUUAAUUAGCUUGGCAAAAUAAACACAGCAAAAAAAGGUUUAGAUUUCUUACCGAUUCAGUCAUUUUUCCUCUUAAAAACUAGUGUGUGUUUAACAGAAGACCUGUGCAAUUGAGGGUUUUGUAAUGUAUGCUCAAAGAUUCGUUAAAGUGAUGGAUCCAUUUGGGUGAAUGUGUCUAGUUCUGUUAAUUUGCUAGCAAUCUUCUAUGUAACUGUAGAUAUGCACAGAUUCCUUAUUACGUAAAUGUACCCAGAUAUUCAUGUAUGCCGGGGUAUCCAUAGUUGAGUGGUAUAUGUGCAAAGGUAAAAACGUGGUACUGUUUGGAUUUGAAUUUGGAAAAGAA